AUGACGGCCCAAAAAAGGGGCCAUGCUGGCCAUGGUCACCACCACCAUCACCACGACAACGUCUACUUGACGUCCAAGAACAAAAAUGACGCCGGCGUGCGCAUCACGCGCAUCGGCUUGCUCGUCAACCUAGCCAUGGCGAUUGGCAAGUUCCUCGGAGGCUAUAUUUUCCACUCGCAGGCCUUGAUCGCCGACGCCUACCAUGCGCUCACCGACAUGGUGUCGGAUUUCAUGACUCUGGGCACCGUCGCCUGGUCGCUCAAGCCCCCGAGCGAGCGCUUCCCUAAUGGAUACGGCAAGGUCGAAAGCCUGGGCGCGCUUGGAGUCAGCUCUCUUUUGCUGUGCGGCGGCGUUUUCAUGGGCCUCAAUGCAGGCCAGGUCCUGCUUUCGCAAUUCUACCCGGAGGCGUUUGAAACCCUACAACAUGCCGGCCUCCUUGUACACGCCCAUUCGCACAGCCAUAGCCAUGACUCGGAAGUCGUGGGUCCCAACAUUAAUGCAGCAUGGCUGGCAGCUGGGUCAAUCGUGGUCAAGGAAUGGCUCUAUCGUGCUACAAUUAAAAUCGCCAAAGAGCGCAAAUCCUCCGUCCUAGCGUCAAACGCAAUGCAUCACCGAAUCGAUUCGCUCACAAGUGUCGUCGCCUUGGCCACCAUCGCCGGCGCCCAUGUUUUUACGAAUGCGUCAUGGCUCGACCCUGUCGGCGGGCUCGUUAUUUCCUUGAUGGUGAUUCAAGCAGGAUGGGGCAACACCAAGACAGCACUUUUGGAGCUUGCAGACACCACCGUCGACGAUGAAAUCAAAGAUUCCGUUCGCCGUGCAGCUUCCAAGGCACUGGCACAAUCUCCCGUUCCAGGACACGUCGAGAUCCGAGAUAUCCAGGGCAUGAAAUCAGGGCAAAACUACCUCGUGGAGAUCGAAGUAGCAGUGCCUGGCUCGUGGUCCGUCCAGCAAUUCCGCCAACUCGAGGAGACUCUGCGGGAACGAGUCGGCUCAAAAGUGCGCGGCGUGCGCCGACUCAAAGUGCGAGCUGUGCCGCAAGAGCUGCAGGGCAUCAGUUUUACCGAAGAAUUCAUCCCGGGGGACGUGAGCCCUCGGAGCAGCCCUGAGCCCGAAGAGGACGAGAACCACUCUCACCAGCACAAUUCGAAUUCCCACGAAUCGCAUAAACGGCGUUGA